AUGGUGGUGACACGCAAACGUAAAUAUGACAAUCCCCGCCUCACGAUGAAUAAAGAGCCAAUAAUAUUUACCAACAAAAUAAGGAUCCUGGGCGUAGAAAUAGACGCUGCGUUAACUUUUAAGGGCCACAUUGACAACUUGUACAGUAAGACUAUAUCAAUAUAUAGACAAGUUUCGAAAGUAGCAAAGAUAGGAUGGGGCACAGCCGGACGUCACUGCAACCCAUACACUGCAGUGAUCGAGCCAAGUCCUGUACGCCGCGGCUGUGUGGGCACAAGCAGAGAAAAAGUUUUAUUAAAAAGAAAUUAG